AUGUCAUUCGACCCCUUCAAUCAGAACAUCACAAUGACCAGCAGCGACGGUAGUACCAUGAGUAUCCCCCUCCACUACUUCGACGAGUUCGUCCAGGACGGCGUGGUCAGCUGCAUCAACUACGGCAGCCAACUCGGCGCUACCAUUGUCAUCUUCGUACUCUUGUGUCUCUUGACCCGGUCCAAGAAACGGUCCUCAAUCGUCUUCUGCCUAAACGUCUCUGCACUGCUGUUGAACAUGGCUCGUCUCAUCUGCCAGGUCUUGCAGUACACUGGCGCCUGGUUUGAGACCUAUGCUUAUUUCUCGGGGGACAUUUCUCAUGUGUCUCGAGGCGAUUUUGCGAAUAGCAUCUUGGUCCAGGUCAUGAACGCGUUGCUGGAGAUUGUUGUAGAAGCCUCGCUCGUCACGCAGACCAAAGUCGUAACCACGAACAUGUCUCGUUGGCAAAAGACUGCUAUCCUCGCUGUCUCGGCGGCGCUUGCUGUCGUCACCAUUGGUUUCCGCAUGGUGCAGAUGGUGUUGUAUAGUAUGCUCAUUGUUGAAAACAGGCCGUUUGAUAUCUACCUCUGGCUGCAGAAAGUUAAUACUAUCUUUCUCACGGUUACCAUCUGUUAUUUCAGCGCUGUCCUCAUUUGCAAGCUUGGAUACACCGUUUAUAGACGCAGGCAGCUCGGUGUGCAUCAAUUCGGUCCCAUACAGGUCAUCUUCAUCAUGAGCUGUCAGACUAUGGUUAUACCAGCAUUAUUCUCGAUCUUGCAAUUCUCAUCUGUCAGCAUCCACCAGAUCAACACCGACAUCUUCACCUUCGUAGUGGUUUCGCUUCCCGUGACAACCCUGUGGGCCAGCGCAGCACUUCCUGGCCAUGCAGCAGCACACGAUGUCGAAUCUGGAGUGCCUCUUUGGACCAAACUAUCAACAACACGGCUCGGCAGUAUGGAUUCUCGACAAUCCCGGAAAAAGUCAGCAUCGCCCAGCGAGACUCCUUCUGGGUUGAAUUUUCAGGGGUCUGAGCUGGCCAAGUCUGUCACCAUUGGUUCUCGAUUGGAGGAGUCGGUUAGCGCGCAAUCAAAAGAGAUUUGA